AUGGGUCAAACGUACAAAGAAAUCAACCUGGACGAGAACCCAUGCGUAUUCCCCAAAUGCGGACAUUUCUUGACAAUUGAAAACAUGGAUGCACAAAUGGACAUGGCUAGCUACUACGAGAUCGAUGCCAGUGGCAAGCCAGUCUCUAUCUGGGUAUCAUUGAAACCGUUCUCUAUUCAAGACAUCAAAACAUGCGCCACCUGUCGUGGCCCAUUGAGAGAUAUUGCCCGAUAUGGCCGGCUGGAAUAUGUCCCUCUUGCACAGGAACUUCCCCAGCUUGUCCAUGAAUUACAUGCAACCAAGGGUCGAAGAAAGUAUCCGUGGCCAGCGUUGAUUGAGAUUUCCGGUCCGCGAAGCCAUCAAAUUCAGAGCAUGGGAGAAAUAAUCCAGAGCACAAACCCAGGUCGGUGGGAUUCCAUCCUUGACCUGCGAAAGCGCGUCGAUCUCUAUAGGCGUCGCGUGAGACCCGAGGAGCAACCGUUCGAAAGAGUUCGGAGAAUGAUCGAUAACGCCCGACAACGCCAAGGACUCAGAAUGAACACUGAUUAUGUCGAAAGUGUGCUUCAGACCAAAGGCUUCCUACAGGGCACCGCCCUCUUAAUCCGUCUGGACAUUGCUUUGCUCGUUGACCUUUUGAGUCUUGUUUCCCAAGGACGCCCAAGCGAGGUAACACCUCGAUUCGAGCUUGAUCAACAGAAAAUCAAGGAUGAUUGCCAGACCCUCAUCCAGCAAGCGAUCACUCACCAUCGACUUCUGCAGCAGGCAGAAGGUCAUAUUUUCCUAGCGCAGCUCUAUGCCCUCGAACGGGCACAUUGCUUGACACCAGAGAAGAGGAACUCUAUCUUGAAGCAAGGCCAGGCUGCCAUUCAGGAAGCUAAAGGUCUUUGCGAUGCGCACCCGGGUCAGACACAAGGACUAGCAGAUGAAGUUCACAGCGUCGAGAAAAUGUUGCGUGGAGGCACAUUCUACACAAUUAUCACCAACGAGGAACGCAUGGCAGUCAUUUCGGCAAUGGCUCAAGAGUUUAGAGGAACUGGGCAUUGGUACUACUGUCGCAACGGACAUCCCUUUACCAUUGGGGACUGUGGUCUAGCUAGGGAGACGAGCCGCUGCCCCGAGUGCGAUUCCCCGGUGGGAGGCGAGGAUUCUCAAUUGGCGGAGGGAGUUACACUGGCGCAGGACUGGGAUCAGGAUAGGGAGAGACUGAAUCUUUAG